ACCUCCCCCGCCACUCUCCUCUCAUUCCGCGCGACGCCUCAGUCACACACACUUGACGUAUCUGAGAUGGCAUAAGACAAACAUUCUGACAUAUGUGAUGUGAUUUGCGAAUUUACUCACGCUUGAGAAUAAAAUAAUUAACUAUAAAUGAUUCAAACACACUAGAAGACAUUACAGUUGAGUGAUAUACUAAAUUAACCUUGAAGAGAUUGGAAAGUGAUACGUAAUUUUACAAGCAAUUAAUAAUAACAGACAGCUGUAUGAUGCUAUCUUCCUGCUUAAUAACGCCUGAGAAGAGAUAAAGAGAUAUACAGAUGUCUGGAAAGCCAAAAAUAAACGAAAGAAAUGUUUGCAUACGAUUGAGUGACGAGGCUGCGGUAACAUGAGUAACUUGUCAUAUAAUUUUGAUUAAACAGGUGAUAUAAAACUUUUACUGUGACUGUAAUAUAAACUUAUAACAUUACUCACGAGUGUUUAUUGGUGUUUAACAUUCCUCAAGUGUUUAUUUGUGUUUACGUGUAACUAUGGCAAAUGUUCAUAGUGGAAAAUUAGACAGCUAGUAUUAAUACGUGCAGUGUUACAAGAACUAGUUAAAGGUGGUGUGACAGUAAACCAGUUAAAGGAACAGUCAAGAUAAUCUGACUUGGUUGACUGGAAGAACAGUUAACAAGUGAGAAAAAAUGAAAAAUUUAACAGUCAACCAGUCAGAAGAAGAGCUACCAACCUAUUAUCCACAUCUUACUGACUGGCUCUAAAUUGGCCAUAACAGUCAGUCAACACCAGUCAAGAGGAAGGUUUAGUUGAUUAAAAGGAGGAAGAUAAUGGUGGUAGUGAAGCCCGAGUAGAGAGAGAGACGCUACCAUGUGUUGUGCUCUGGUCACCCGGGACGUGGUGUAUCCCCGCCAGCGACAGGCACACCCCACCGUACACAGUGUGUCAUCGAGUGGGGUGCCGCUGGUGGUGAGACAGAGGUCGCGGGGGGCACCUACUCUUGGUGGUGGACCGGGAGGCCAGCCAGCGCCCACGGGUCCACCACCUGGGCGCCCGGGGGACACAGGACCCAGAGGAGGCAACUUCUCCGUCCUCCCCCCCAUCAAGGACUCUGGCAGGAAAAAAGAACAAGAUUUCGGGUUGUCGGAGCUGGAUGAUAUAUCACUCAAGAAUGAAGUUAUCAGAAAGGUGAAAGAGCUACCGGAGCGAGGCCUACAGGGACUGCUCAUAAACCUCAGGGCACAAGAUCGAGACAGAGACGGCAUCCUGUCCACAGAUACCGUCAAGGGCACAUUGAAUAAGUUCCAGCUUCACUUGACUGACAAUGGACUGAAGAACAUUUGUAAAAAAUUUGGGGAAGCAGGUGAUCGUGUGCCGAUGGUCCGCUAUGAGGAGAUGAUGACUUAUCUUACCAAGUCCAGGAUGGAAGCUCUCAAACCCCCGCCACCCAUGAUCAACCAGAGAUCCGUUGGUGUAACAGGAGGCAAGCAGCAGCCACCACAGCCUCGUAAGGUCAAUCUAAGGAACACAGUUCUCUUCAGCGACCGAGAUGAAGGCAAGUUAAUGGCUGAUAUGGAACGUCAGUUGAAAGACAAACCCGUCAACAUGGCUGACCUCAGAAGAACAAUGUAUGAUCUUGAUCGUGAUCGGAAUGACUUCCUUAGUGGACAACAGGUGCAAAUUGCCCUCUCAAAAUGUGGCUUCCACCUGACACCAGACGUCAAAGCUCGGUUGCUUCUGGCAACUGAUCGUACUGGAGCUGGCCUUUACAAGAUUGAAACCAUCAUGAACUACCUAACAAGGGUCAUUCCUGAAUCUCAUAAUACUAUUGUUAUGGGUAAUAAUCAUAACCCGCGUCACCCAAGAGUGGGGCAGUUGCCAGCUUUCCAGAACCAGCCAACACUGAACACGCCGUGGGACAACAACCCACAACAGCGUCUGCAAACGCAGACAGAAUUCCUUCCCGAUGAAGGAUUCAUUGAGGAUGGAGAAGGAAUCAGGGAGGAACAAUUACCUCUUCAGCCAGAACCACAAGCUAUGGCCUUAUCACCAGUGCCACCAAUGGAGGAUCCUGAACCAGCCUUUGAUAUACAGAAGUGGACCAAUGACUAUCAGUACCUCGCUCAAGCAGUUUACAGUGCUGAUGAGGACCAGUCAGGAUUUAUGCCAGCAGAUGAAGUCCAACACGUAGCAGCCACCUACAACUUGGUAUACAACCUUCAGAUUUCAGAAUCCACCUUUCAGUCAGCUCUUAGUUCAUCUAUUGAUCCAAACUAUGGUGAAGUUAACUUAGAGUACUUUAUUGCUCUCCUUCAGGAUCUUCACUUUAGAGAACUUCAGAAUUACUGAACAAAAGACACUACUGUACAGUACUGUAAUAUCAAGUCGAACCUAAAUACUGUAUAUCAUUGUUAUUCUGAACAGAAUCUGUGGUUACUGAUUAAUUAAAUGCUUUAGAGUUUUAGAACAGGAGUUUUAUAGAAGUUGUAAAUAUAGUUAUGCUGAGGUAGUUUUCAAUCAAGAAUCAUACAUCCUAUUUAUUGAACCCAGGUGGCAAGGUGCUUUGAGUAGCUGCUGAGGAAGUAAUUAUGAGAGUGGUGAACCAGGAUACCACUGGCCAUUCUAAAUGUGAUUAACUAUUAAUAAAAAUAGAUAGUUUGUCCAAAUAUCAGUAUACUGUAUGUACAAAUUUGUAUGAAAAUAUGACAUAGAAAGAAAAUAAUCACCACUUUUGUCAGGGUGAAUCAGUAGCUGAAUAUGAGUUACCUGUCUGUCUGUACCAAUAAAGCAAAGUUGUCUGUA